AGCGGUGCAGGCUGUUAAUCCCAAAUCUUCCCGAGAGAGUGUGUAUUUCCAAUGGGAAUAUGGACUGCUGUUCUGCUAAACUUUGCUAGAUUUAUAGUCACAUACAAUGUUUAGAUAUUACUAACCAAUAGUGUGAGAGUGAUAGAGCAGGUAAGGUGUCAACGUUUGUCUGUGGUAACCAAGUUGGAGACGUGUCGUGCUCCCACAUUUUCGUUCGUUACUAGUGCUUUUAAAAGAAAUAUGGAAUUAUCAUGCACAGCAGCUUGGUUUACGUUAUUUAUCACCUUUAACCAAUUAGGAAUUUGGAUGGCUAAAGUUACCGAUCAGGAGACGUUUCGACCGAGUACAAUCUUCGCUAUAGCAGGAAAAACUGUAGCAAUACCCUGUGAUGCGCACCCUUCUGCCAAAGGCGAUUCUGUAGCAUUGAUACUGUGGUAUAAAGACAACAUUACAACACCCAUGUACAGCCUGGAUGCUAGGCAAGGAAAUUUAAAUCAAGCACGUCACGCUGCUAAAGACGUUUUGACAACAAGAGCUUUCUUAAAUAUCCUAACAGAACCUGCAGUCUUGCAACUCAAUCCCGUUUUGGUUGCAGAUGAAGGAGAAUAUAAAUGCAGGGCGGAUUUCAGAAAUGAAAGAACUCGAUAUUCAUCUGUCACUUUAAAAGUUUUUGUUGAACCGGAGAAACCAGUAAUUAAAGAUAGUUUUGGUGAAAUUCAACAAAGUCUAAUUGGUCCGUAUAACGAGGGAGAUGCACUUGUACUUAUUUGUGAAGUAACUGGAGGUAAACCUUUACCGUCUUUAACGUGGUGGCGAGAGAAUGUGUUGUUAGAUGACACAUAUCAUAUCGUUUCUUCAAAUUUUGUAAUGAAUGAAUUGGAGAUUUCGGCGUUACAACGUCAUGAUCUCAUGGCUGUCUUCACUUGCAAAGCAAUUAACAACAACAUUACAGCACCCCUCGUGUCCUCGGUCACGAUCGAUAUGAACUUUCGUCCACUCGACGUACAGAUCGAAGGAGAACGAAAACCUAUGGCUUCAAUGAAGCAAGUAGAGUUAAACUGCAGAGCAAUUGGUUCUAGACCUCCGGCACUGAUUACCUGGUGGUUAGGAAAAAAUAAACUGAAGUCGGUCAAAGAUAUCGUGUCUGUCGAUGGUAAUAUAACGACCAGCGUUUUAUCAUUUAGACCAUCGAGAGAGGAUAGUGGAAGAUAUUUAUCUUGUAGAGCCCAAAACACGCUAAUUGCUGACAGUACUAUCGAGCAUGGAUGGAAUUUAGAUGUUUAUUAUGCCCCCCAGGUGACUUUACGCUUGAGCAGUAAACUUCGUCAUUCUCCUAUUCAAGAAGGAAGUGACGUGUAUUUGGAAUGUGUGGUGCAUGCCAACCCACCCGCCACCAAUAUCGAUUGGAAGUUUGACGAACGACAAUUACAGACAAACAGGACGGCGGGGAUUAUCAUCACUAAUCAGUCGUUGAUCCUGCAGAAGGUACACAAGUCGAGCAAAGGCCAGUACACGUGCAUUGCUACUAAUUCUGAAGGAAGAGUAGAAAGUAAUCCUGUGAUGCUCAGGAUACAAUACUCGCCCGUUUGUGCCCAUCAGGAAAAAAUUGUUUACAGUGGUGGGAAGAACGAGCCAGUGAGAGUGGCGUGUGAAGUAUAUGCUGACCCGGAACCAUUAGCCUUUCGAUGGAAAGUUAACACGUCAGUUGACACAGGACAAGUGAUGACGAUGGCCAACCAAGAAGCUCGUAACGUUGCCACAUAUAUACCAAAAUCCGACGAAGAAUUCGGUACUAUAGAAUGUUGGGCAAAGAAUAGUGUAGGGGAGCAAACUACACCGUGCACUUAUAUCAUCUUACCUGCGGGUCCACCCGAAAAACCGAAGAGUUGCUCUGUUAGUAACCAAACAGAAACGAGUUUCGUAGUCCAUUGCAUAGAAGGAUAUAGUGGCGGAGUUAGCCAACAUUUUGUGUUAGAAGUAUACAGCACAGUGAUUAAAACAUUACAGAACAAUCAAACUUCCGACGUGCCAAUAUUCACCGUCACAGACUUAGAACCGGGAGGAAAUUUUCAAGUUUUUAUAUAUUCUAGUAAUUCGAUUGGUAGAAGUUCUAUUAUUGUACUAAACACGAGUACUCUACCGUCACCAUCGAGCUUAACACGUACAGAUGACGAUUGGAAAAUCAAUUUUCCUCCAAUAUUCUUGGUACUGACAAUAGUUUCUGUUGGGUUAACCUCAUCAAUAUUCCUGACUAUAGUCAUUGUGAAGAUCAGAAACAGAAGCAGAAACAGGAGAAAUGUUCCAUCUGCAGCUAUGGACGAUAAAUGCCAGACUCCACUUCGGAAAGAUACAGAUGAUGAAUGGAAAUCGUGUGCUUACGUUGGAGAUGGAAAAGGUCCUGAUAUCAUACCAGAAAUAAGGGAAUCCGGUUUUUCCGAAGAUAUGAUGAGUGAAGGUGUAGCAUUCCAAACUGGAAGUCAAAAAGAAACGGAUCAAAUCAACUGCAAAAUGAAAUCUGCUAACAUAACUUUACUACAAUCGUCGCCUACGUAUAGGAGUAGAACAAUGGAACAUACCAGUUUACACAGUUAUUGUUCGUCACCGACUAAAAAGUUUACAAAUGUAACACCGACAUUUACUAGUAAACAGACUAAAGUCUGAAAAGAGCAUGAAACUCUGAUUAAUUGUCAGCAUGUUGUCCUCGCCUCUUCUUGUGCAGAAAGAAGACGUACACGACAAUCACUACAACAGAUAUCGCUAGAGCGAUGUUAACCGAUUGUCUUACACUAUGCAAGAGAGAAGAGGAAAAAAAAUACACUAGAAGUCAGAAAUGCCAUCGAUCAACACACGAUCUACCAAUUUAGCAUUGUAGUGAUCGUUGUUUUCGUUUUUACUUCAUUUUGUCAGCCUUGGUCGAACGAUCACUAAUGGUCUUCCUUCCCGAGAAUUAAAGAACACUACUGUAUAAAGUUUAAUAUCGAACUUGCAGGAAUGCCGACAUACAGGAACCAACGGAAGCACCCCAAAAUGAUAAUGCGCACUCCCGUAAUUGUGUGUUCAGUAUUUUUAUAUUGCACUAAUAAAAUCUCAGGGAAGUUGUUACUCCGCUAAGAGUCGACUGCGGCUGUUUUAUAACACUGCAACCAUACAGAAACGUCGAAAUGCCUGCUUUGUGAUCUCAUUUUUUUUUGUAAAGAAGACGUGGUAAGCUCACCAAGAAAACACGUGGACAAACUUUUCAUGUAUGUCGAAUAUAUGGUGUGAUUUGAAUAUAAAUACUUUCGCCUGUAUACAGGUGGAGAGAUUUAUAAAUAUUGUGUUUAUAAUGACAAUGGUGAUUUAUGUAUCUGAUUAUAAU